CUGUCAUUGGAACAAAUCAGCUGAUUGUCAAUAAGGUCAAGUUUUUAUCUAGAUAAAUACACUACGUGUUUGUCUAUUGUAUUAUAAUUUUGGAGUCUUUAUUUAGAACAGCUUUGAUAAUACAAUACAAACGUUCUAGUAGUAAACAAAACUUUAUCCUAAAAAUGGUGGUAGACACGAUCCUAGAUACCCUAAGAGCAGGGCUCCAAGAAAUUAUAAACUACAUAAACUUUUGCAUAUUAUUUAUACAAAAUUAUGGUUGGCAUAUGCUCUUUGGUGGCAUUAUCUUAUACUAUGUUUAUAAGCAGUUUAUUAAGGGAAUGUUAAAAUCUGCUUUUCUUGGUUAUGAUAGCUAUAAAAAGAAGAAGGACGAGGCUCAGUAUGCUGCCAAAUAUCACAAAGACCCAGACCUGUUUGCAGCCCGAUUAUCAGCUCAACAGGAGAGAGCCCAAAAGCUUCAAGAAAAAUAUGAUGAAGAAGCAAAAAUUCAUCAAGCCAAGCUGAAAGAGAAAGAAGCUAAAAAACAGCAAGAAGUUCUAAGACUGCUAGAACAGUCGGGUCAAGCUGGACAUAAACUAGGAGAAGGUAGCAGUAAAUCUUUUAGACCAGACUAUCAUCCCCUUAUGGGCCCUGGAACUUCUUCUAACUAUAGACCUCCGAAAAGGACAAAAUGUGGAGGUGGAGGUUGUGGUUAAUCAUUCAUAUGACUAUAUAUUUUAUAAUUUUUUUUAUUGGGUUAUAGAUUAUCACAAUUUGUUUAACAUGUAUAAAAUUUUAGUAUAUUAACCUUAAAAUGUCUCAGUGAAUUAUUCAUUGAAAACUUAUAUAUUUGACUCAUAAUAGCAGGUGAGAAGCAGAAAUAAAACCAGUAUUUAAAAAUU